AUGCUGAGUGUUUCACGAGAAAAUUCAGAGAUAAAAAUGAGUGGAGUGGUUCCAUUUAUAGCCAUGAUAGUUCAGCAAUUAGCACAAGUUGGAUUAGCUGUGGUAGCUAAAGGGGCUAUGUCAACUGGGAUGACUAGUUUCACUUAUACUUUCUAUUCAAGUGCCUUUUCAACUCUACUUCUUAUUCCACUUUCCUUCUUCCUCCAUAGGUCAGCUAUUCCACCUCUUUGGCCUACUUUUCUCUAUGGAUUUUUCUUGCUUGGCAUAAUGGGUUUCUUGAUGCAAGUGCUUGGAUUUCUUGGACUUCAAUAUUCAUCUCCAUUACUUUCCACAGCAAUAUUGCAACUAAUUCCAGGAUUCACUUUCAUUCUUGCAGUCAUUCUCAGGAUGGAAACUUUUGAGUACAAAAGUUUGAGCACAAUGGCUAAAACUGUUGGGACUUUGGUAUCAAUAAUAGGUGCAUUUGUUGCAACUUUAUAUAAAGGCCCUCAAGUUUUUGGUAUUAGUCCUUUAAAUACAAUAUUAACAACCCCUUCUGCUUGGGCCAUUGGAGGUUUGCUCACUAUGAUUUGCUCUCUAAUUGCUUCUUUCUUUAUCAUUUCACAGGCAUUUGUCCUUAAGAAAUAUCCAGCAGAGCUGAUUUUAAUGUUGUUUUAUAGCUUCUGUGUUACAAUAUUAUGUGCUGUUUUCUCUUUAAUUGUUGAAAGAGAUUUGAAUUCUUGGAGUUUAAGCCCUCACAGCAGAUUAAUGGCUAUCAUAUACUCGGGUUUAUUUGGAAAUGUAUUCCAAGUUAGUAUAGGUGCAUGGUGUGUGAGGAAAAAAGGACCUCUCUUUGUUGUCAUGUUUCAUCCAUUAGGCAUUGUUAUUGCUAUGGCUGCUAGCAUAUUUAUGGGUGAAAUUAUUCAUGUGGGAAGUUGGUUGGGAUCAAUCAUCAUUGUGAUUGGAUUUUAUUCAGUGAUAUGGGGACAAAGUAAAGAAUGGCAAAAGAAAGAGAAGAACUUAGGAUCACACAACAAGAAGAUGCCAUUUUUACAAGACAAAAUUGAUGAUGAUCCUGAGGUUAAUAUAUGAGACAGAAUCUUUUUAAGGGCUAACACUUUGCUAGUGGGCUUAUUCAAAGUUCUUUUGGGUUGGAAUGUUUAUGAACAAUUACAUUGUAUCUCUAUGAAUAUUCAUUUUGCUCCUAUCUUGUGCUGGUUUUUAAUCUUCAUUCAC